GGGGCCACAUGCGCACUCGUUCCCGGUUUUUUUGCGGGAAGACGAAAGCACGAGAUGAAGCUGAAUCUGAACAUUUGGCACAGAAUUCACCAGAUAUAACCAAAAUAACAUGGAUAUCCCACAGCUGGCUACAAUAUUCUCCUCCACAUUCGACCCAAACCUACGUUUGGAGGCCGAAAAGCGUCUGGAAGAGCUCAAGUUUGUCCCAGGUUUUGUGACGUUACUUCUUCAGUCGGUUAUGUCCAAUGAAAUUCAACUCCCUAUUCGGCAAGCAGCUUGUAUCUACCUUAAGAACAUGGUGGUCCAAUACUGGAAGGAGAGGAAUCCGAGUGAUUUUCCUGAUGGCGAUGUGCCAUUUGUCAUAGCAGAACAAGAUAAAGUGGUUAUCAGGGAACAUAUCAUAGAGGCUGUUAUUAGUGCUCCAGAUCUUAUCAGAAUCCAGUUAACUGUGUGCAUUGGCCAAGUGUUACGCCAUGACUUCCCUGAGAAAUGGCCGGCUGUCAUCAAUAAAGUCAAUAUGUAUUUGACAAGCUCUAAUCAGUCCACUUGGCUUGGGUCAUUACUUGUCUUGUACCAAGUUGUGAAAAAAUAUGAAUUUAAGAAGAUUGAGGACCGGGUGCCUGUGAUCAACAUUAUGGGAGCAAUGCUCCCACUGCUUUAUAAUCUGUUUGUUGCUAUUAAGGAUGACGAGUCAGCUCCUUCUGUAGAAAUACAAAAACAGAUUUUAAAGAUUUACUUUGCUCUUAUACAGUGCAAUUUACCUCUCGAAAUUAUAAAUGAGGAGAAUUUCCGCCAGUGGAUGACUAUUUUCCAGUCUGUUGUCGACAGGCCUGUGCCUGCUGCUGCAUUAGAGCCAGAUGAAGAUGAGCGACCUCGCUUGCCAUGGUGGAAAGCUAAGAAGUGGGCCCUGCAUGUUUUACAAAGGGUAUUUGAAAGGUAUGCUACACCUGGUUCGGUCACCAAGGAAUAUAACCACUUUGCUGACCACUACUGCAAGACGUAUAGUGCCAGUACGACACAAAUUUUGUUGAAGGUUCUUGACCAGUACAGAAGAAAGGUGUAUGUUGCACCACGGGUAUUGCAGCAAACUAUCAACUAUUUAAAAAAUGGUAUAUCAAACUCUCUUCACUGGAAAAUCAUGAGGCCUCAUGUUCAUGGCAUUAUACAAGAAGUAGUCUUUCCUCUUAUGUGUUAUACUGACGAGGAUCAGGAAUUGUGGGAGGAUGAUCCCUAUGAAUUUAUCCGUGUGAAAUAUGAUAUCUUUGAGGACUUUAUAUCACCGGUAGUAGCUGCCUCCACCUUCCUUCACACUGCUGUCUCCAAGAGAAAGCAAGUCUUAGAUCCCACUAUGGUGUUCUGUGUCCAGAUUCUAAAGACACCAGCCAACCAGCAAGACAAUCGGAAAAAGGAUGGUGCCCUACAUAUCAUUGGAACUCUAGCAGAUGUGCUGUUAAAGAAAAAGAAUUACAAAGAUCAGAUGGAGACCAUGUUAGUCCAGCAUGUGUACCCAGAAUUCACAAGCACACAAGGAUUCAUGAGAGCUCGGGCUUGCUGGAUGCUGCAUGUGUUUGGGGAGAUUGAUUUCAAGCAUGAGGCGAACCUUGCACGUGCUGUGGAAGCUGCUAGACUUUGCCUGACUGAGGACAAGGAGGCGCCUGUCAAAGUGGAGGCUGCCAUCGCUCUGCAGUUUCUCAUUGAGCACCAAGAACGAGCUAAACAAUUCAUAGAGCCUUAUGUUAGGCAAGUUAUCAUAGAGCUUUUAAGAGUGAUCCAACAGACUGAGAAUGAUGACCUGACAAGUGUCAUGCAAAAGCUGAUCAGCACCUAUGGUGACCAGGAACAAGUUGCUGGAAUUGCUGUGGACAUUGCCAAAGAAUUGGCAAACACCUUCCUACAACUUGUGGAUGGUGAGGGUGAUGAUGAGAGAGCUGAUGAGCGCUCUGUUACUGCUAUGGGCAUCCUGAACACUGUUGAGACCAUGAUGCAUGUCUUGGAAUCAUCCAAAGAGAUCAUUCACCAACUGGAGCACAUUUGUGCCACUCUUGUGGCCACUGUCCUGCAGAAGUCAGCAAUUGAAUUCUACGAAGAUGUGUUCUCGAUUGUGUGUACCUGCACAUGUUUUGAGAUCUCGCCUCAAAUGUGGUCCCUUUAUACGCCACUUUAUGAGGCAUUUGAGAGAGAUGCUUUUGACUUCUUUACAGAAAUGAUGCCAUGUCUACAUAACUACAUCACAGUCGACACACCAGCAUUUAUAUCCAUCCCAAAGCACCUGGAGAUUAUCUACAAAAUCUGUAAAAAGAUGCUGACAGAGGAUCCUGGCGAAGACGAUCAGGUCAAUGCAGCCAAACUAUUGGAAGUCACCAUCCUGCAGUGCCGUGGACACAUGGACCAGUGGUUGCCGUUUUUUGUGGAGGCAGCGCUUGAAAGGUUGACUCGAGAAGUGAAGGGUAGUGAACUGCGAACAAUGUGCCUGCAGGUUGCCAUAGCUGCGCUCUACUACAACUCUCCUCUUCUACUGAGCAUCCUAGACAAGCUACAGUUCCCUAACUCCCAGGAGGCCGUCACUGCACAGUUCUUCUCGCAGUGGGUCCAUGAUGCUGACUGCUUCUUAGGGCUCCACGACCGUAAGAUGUUCAUUCUUGGGUUCUGUGCGCUGUUUGAUACGCCCAAGGAAGUGCUACCCCAAGUCAUCUCCCAGGUGUCUCCUCGUAUUCUCCCCUCCAUACUGCUUGUGUUCACUGGUCUCAAACGAGCAUAUGAUGCUCGUGGUGAUGACGAAGACGAUGAAGAAGUUGAAGAUGGCGAGGAUAACGAAGAAGAGCUUGCCAGCGACGAGGACGAGUUUAACGAAGACGAUGUAGAGUACAUCGAAAAUCUAGCUAAAAAGGCAGCAGAUCAUUUCGAUGAUGAAGACGAUGAUGACGAUGAUGAAGAGACUCCUCUAGAGGAGUACACCACCUCGAUAGACGGCGAGAAUAUGGACGAGUACAUUGCGUUCAAAACUACACUACUAGCUCUGCAGAGUCGCAACCCUGAAUGGUACGCAAGCAUGAUGAACGGUCUGAACAACGAGCAGAAACAAGAACUGCACGAAGUUUUCACUACCGCUGACCAAAAGGCUGCGGCAGCAGAAUCAAAACGAAUCGAGGCCGCUGGUGGCUACAACUUCGCAAACGUUUCCGUUCCGACCAGCUUUAACUUUGGAGCCCAGCACCAAAGCUGAGAUAGAUGCCAGUAGAAAAAGUAUAUAAGGGACUGCACAGAAAGAACUUGGUGACACUUUUACCAAGUAAAGUGAAGACCCCAGUACAGGCUACUUAACAAAUCGUGUAUUAGAAGAGCUACGACUGGCUUAUUGAUGCUUGGAAAUGAGUUUGGAAAACAUUAAAGUGCAAGAACUGAAGAAGAAAAGGAAAGAAAAUGGCUGUCUCGUUAGAGAUAUCCCAAGACGAAUUCUUUGAGCAGAUUACCGUCCUGCUGCGACCCUUGAGAAGUAGAAUUAUGUGUAUUAGGUACGAAUCAAAAAUCCAGAAGAGAGAGAGAGAGAGUAUGGAAUUGGGCUUUAGUGAUUUCACACUGUCAAAGAUUUAUUUUACUUUUAAAAAAUUUGACCGGUGUAAAUUCAGUAGGUCUUGGUGUCAGCGUAGAUCCCCUGUUUGGCGCACAUCCGUAAAACAGGCUGCGCGCGCAUUUAUCAUGGAAAUGAGGCUUAGAUUCGUGCGCAGCUGGCAUAUUUAACUUUCUGCUAGCACAAAGGUACGUGGAUGCAUGUUUCGUGCUCUUUGUUGUUUGGCUCAGGGAACUUCAUUAUAACCCCACAUAAGCGGACUUCACAUUUUCCGCGUUAUUACGGGCGUGCGCCAACCUAUUGUCUAGAGGACAAGUGGCCGUGAUGUCCCUCUAUAUCACCAUCCAAGAAAGAGGAGACGGCGAAGUUAGCGUUGACGUAAGAUGCUUAACAUGCCUGUAAAAAAACGCGAAGACAGGCGCAGAAGGAAAAAGAAAGGUUUUUUUUUAUCCUUUUGAUAACUUCUCUACGUCCGCGUAAAUUUCGUCUCUGCCACUUUUCUGUUUCCGUCUCGACUGAAAAUCGACUUUAUAUAUUAUUUUAUCCAUCGAAUCCAAUGUUUGGUGAUUAAAUUAGAGAAAUGCAAUGCC